GCUGAGGAAACUUAAAAACACGCUCAUGAGGAGAACAGAUCGGAUCCGUUCAGCUCGGCUGCAGAUAUUUCUCUAUUUUUCUUCUUUUUAACGCUGUUUGUGCAGCUGCCUGUUUUUGCUGCCUUCGGAUAAAUGUUUGAUGGAGCUGCGCGUUUUCUGCACCGCUGCGAUGAAUGAAACAAAGAGGAUGGAUGCAUUCCUGCGGGAAAUGUUAAUAUUUCUGACCUGCUAAAACGUUUUUAAUCCAGAGUUUGGGAAAAAGUCUCCACUUUAAAAGGUAACUCAUUAAUUAAAGAGUCUGGAUUAGAAGAAACGCGCCUGGUGGACAAUUAAUAACCAAGAUUCACCUGUUCACUGCUUUAUUUCAACUCUUUUGAUGUGACGUCACAUCUUAAAGUCAUUAAGGUGUGAACCUUCAGCUGGGAUUUAAUCAGCCAACCGCCAGAACACCUGCGGAAACUUUUCAGGUAACACUGCAGUUUUCCCAGAGGUUUACCAGCAGGUUGAAUCAGGCUCUGCUUGUCUUACAUGGACCCCCUCACAGAUGAUGAAUUAAAUAAAUCCUUUUUAAUUCUGUCCUAAGAUGAGUCAGGGGCCAAACCUCGUCCUCCAGUGGCUCUCAAGGCUCCACCUGGCCCAGUAUGUUGAGUCUUUCCUGGAUAACGGCUAUGAUGACCUAGAGGUGUGUAAGCAGAUCGGGGAGCCGGACCUGGAUGCCAUCGGGGUUCAGGUCCACUUCCACAGACACAGGCUGCUCACAGCAGUGCAGGAGCUCAGAGAGGAGGAGAGGAGGAAAGCACCUGGCUACUAUUUCACCCUGGAGCCCCUGGAUCCCCCUGCCUGUCACCAACCUGUGGGUGACCCGGGGUCACUGGGGUCAGCCCUGCACCAGGCCUCCUGUCCUGGAAACCACAACCCAAGAUUCACAGACUGCAGCGACUUUGUGACUUAUCCCAAGCUGAAGCUGAAGGUGCUGAUAAGAGACAAGCUUUCCAAAGAUGGGAUCAACCUGGGACAAGCACCUUACACCCACCAGGAUGGCUCUGUGGGGAACCUUGAUGACCUGGCUCAAGAGUACUCGCAGUACUACGGCACCUCACUCAGCGACGUGUGCGAACGGAUGGAGGAGCUACGGAAACGCAAAUUAAUACAGGAAAUGGAGAUGGGAAAGGUUGACUCAGCGGCCGCAUCACCACACCUCCGCUCUCAGAUCCAGGAAUCUCUUGGACUCGGCAGUGGCUCACUGAUAACAGAGACUGACAGAAGGGUUCCUGUGAACAAAUCCAACUCGGAUGAUGGAUCGGGAGCGAAAUGGGACACGAAGAAAAAAAGUAAGUCUUUAUGGCCGAGCUUCCGCAAGCCACAGAAAGGGGUGAUGCGUCAGACAAAAGGUGACGAUGUUGGUUUCGUCGCCAGCGAGAUCACGAUGAGCGAUGAAGAGCGUAUACAGCUGAUGAUGAUGGUGAAGGAGAACAUGAUCUCCAUAGAGGAAGCUCUUGCCCGGCUGAAGGAGUUUGAGACCCUAAACAGACCCACAAGCAGAUGUGAUUCCCCAGAUCCCUCUGGUUCCAGUUCAAACGACUUGUCCAGCUGCACUCCUCUUGAGCUGUCUGAAAACGAAGAGGAAUCUCCAACCUUCAAAAGGCUCCACAAACUGGUCAACUCCACACGGAAAGUGAAGAAAAAACUGAUCCGAAUAGAUGAGUCCAAAAGAACCGGAGCUGAUGAGAGCCUAGGUGCUGAUGGAAGCCAGUCCCCGCAUUCAGGUGUGCUGAGGACGCCUCCGGUCGGCCCCUUGGACUCCUUGGCUUCAGCUUUGCAGAAGCAACUCACCCCUGACAGGGACUCCGACAGCCUGACCACCUCCCAUUCCUCCAGCAGUCUGGAGACAUGCAGCAGCCAGAAGAUGCUCCAGGCCUGUGGAAAGGUCGGCGGGAGCCCCGUUCACCAGGACGCCGGUGCGGUAGAGGAGGUGCGGGAGGCGGCGGAGGGCUCCUCCUUCUCUGACGCAGAGGGGUGCAGCGAAGAGGAGCCCAAAAUGGCGCGCUCUGUGACCGAAGGAGAGCUCCGUCACCGCGCUCUGGCCUCGCUGAGCCUUCAUGGAAGAGCCUGCAGCUUUGGUGGAUUUGACCUGAUGAGUCGCUCACUUCAAGCAGCCACUUCGGACAAUGACAACACUACAAAAGAUGGAGAGAGUGGGUCGAGAGGCGAAGUCAGGUCUCCUUCAAUGUCUCGGAUUUCUCUGGGUAAAAAAGUCAAGUCUGUGAGGGAAACCAUGAGAAAACACAUAUCCAAGAGAUACCAGAGCUCUCCCUCUGAGCAGUCGAGUCCAGACCGCGUAGCCAGCUGCCCUCAAUCGCCUCAGAUGAGCUCUGACUCCUUGGAGAAGCCCAAGCUGAAGCCAGGAGGAUCUGUGGAGAGUCUGAGGAGCUCCCUCAGUGGGCAGAGCUCCAUGAGCGGCCAGACGGUCGGCACCACUGACUCGUCUAACAGCAACAGAGAGAGCGUGAAGUCUGAGGAUGGGGAAGAAGAUGAGCUGCCUUACCGUGGACCUUUCUGUGGACGUGCACUGGUUCAUACAGAGUUCACACCGAGUCCCUACGACACUGACUCCCUCAAACUGAAGUGUGGAGAUGUGAUCGACAUCAUCAGUAAACCCCCGAUGGGCACCUGGAUGGGAAUGCUCAACGGUAAAGUGGGAACCUUCAAGUUUAUAUAUGUGGACGUUCUGAAUGAGGAGGUGAAGGCCAAAAAGACACGCAGGAGGAGGAAGGCCAGGCAGCCCAAACCGACUUCUGUGGAGGAGCUGCUUGAGCGCAUUAAUCUGAAGGAGCAUCUCCCCACCUUCCUUUUUAAUGGCUACGAGGAUCUUGACACGUUCCAGCUGCUGGAAGAGGAGGACCUGGAUGAGCUGAACAUCACGGACCCGCAGCACAGAGCAGUGCUGCUCACUGCUGUGGAGCUGCUCCAGGAGUAUGAAGGAAGCAGUGACCCUGAGCGGAGCGCUCAGUGCGGAUCCUCUCAGGAGAAGCUUCUUCUAGAGAGGCGUGGAGUCCUGGGCGACUCUCCGCGGGACUCGGGCUGCUAUGAGAGUAACGAGAACCUGGAGAACGUGCUUCCAGGCGCAUCUGAAGCAACGACUAAAGACUCGACAGUGACAACAGAACAGAGAUGACAGAUAUCUGUUUUUUAUGACAGUAGAAGUUCACAGUGAGAAAGUUUACUCCCCUCAAAGUGGAAGCACACGUGGAGCAGCUUGCAGCUUUGCUCUCAGAUCGACCUUCGCUCUGAACUCGUGUGGUGGCUUCUUUUCUGCUUCUGCUGCAAAUAGAGACAUUCAAACUCCUGUGUGAGAAGACUAUUUAAUCAACCUCUACGCUUACUUUCCUGGUAACUGCAGUACAUACUUAUGUGAGUGCUUGGCCUAUUUACAGUGACGGUACAGGUCAGAAGUUUACAUACAGCCAUCACGGACUACAUCUGCUCCUUUUCAGGGUGAAAUGAUUAUUUAACGCAAUGAUUUAAGCUUGAGGUUUCUCUAUACAAUGUUAGAAAAUACACUAAACAAACUGGACCGACCCUGCAUGCAUAAUCAGAACCGCAACAAGCUGCUUGCAUGCAUGAUGAGGUAGCAGGUCAUGGUUGUGGACUGAUCUCCAAUGCACUUUAUGACAGAUACAGAUCAUAGCUACCAAGAUGCUAAAGCUCAAGGAAGGUGGUGAAGCCAUAUGGUUACGGUUGAGCAUAACCGGUCAAAUAAUCACACAUUAAUGUCUCAUCCAGCCUCAAUAGGUUAAAUCUAUACACUAAAGAGAACCCACUCACAUUUGGUAUCCAUUUAAAGCUUUCGGUUUAGUUCAAUUUGGAUAUUUGAUUUUUUUUCCUGGCAGGAAUAGAACUUUUUUUUUUCUUUUUGUAUAUUUGCGAUAUC